AUGCAAGAAUUAGAGGAAGAAUUGAAAGGCUUUAAGCAGAAGUACUCAGACAUAGAAGCUCUGCUAGAGAAAAAGAAGGAAGAACUAAAGGACUUGAAGCAGAAGUGCUCAGACACAGAAGUUCUGCUAAAGAAAGAGAAGGCAAAGACAAAGCUAAACAAUGAUGGUGAUGUGUCUAGUCACAAGGAAACUUCAUCAGUUAAGGAGACCAUUGAUGUCAAUGGGUUUCAAGUUCUUCCUUCACAGGUGGAUUCCGUGAAACGUAUAUUUAAAAAACACCCAAACAUGGCAUCAGAAAUCCGGACAAAGAACCAAGAUCUGAGGACAUCAUGCAUGAAUGUCCUCCUCAACCUAAUCAAGACGAUGUGCCAGUCACUGCAAGACCUUUCCAUUGAUGACCUGGGCCAAGCAGACAAUGCAAUAACAUACCUGAAAAUUUCGGGCUUUAAGGUGGAUUGGUUGGAGCGUAAACUGGAGGAAGUAAAGGAAAAGAAGAUGGAAGAGGAGAUUGGUGAGACUCGGAUGCAAGAAUUAGAGAAAGAACUGAAGGGCUUUAAGCAGAAGUACUCAGACAUAGAAGCUCUCCUAGAGAAAAAGAAGGAAGAACUAAAGGACUUGAAGAAGAAGUGCUCAGACACAGAAGCUCUGCUAAAGAAAGAGAAGGCAAAGGUAUUGGCUGCUAAAGCUCCUCCUCUAACGUUGGAUGAUGUUGUCUGA